UUGCGGGAUUCAGUAAUGGGAGUUAAGUAUGAAGACUAUACACACGUCUAUAGCCGCCAUGUCUGGUAUUUUGCUAAAGUAACGAUCAUGUGCACGUGCAAAGUUUGUCUAGGUGUGAGAAGGGUAGUGGAUAAUAUUUUUGAAAUUUUUAAAAUUCACGGCUGGAUUCUCGACGCUUACAUCAUUGACUUUUAUCAAGAUGAUUUGUGGUCGAAGUUGCCAAGCUCGUGGAGAAAUUUUUUCAAAACCAUUUCCAUACAAGAGUUGGGCUCGUGGAUGCUCGAUGAGCUUCAAAGUAAGAAAGUAUGGCCGCUAUCGUUGAUUGCGUUAAAGCAAUCGAUAAAAUUACUGACAAUUGAUCGCAAUCCUAUCAGCGAUGCUGAAACUAAAUUUGUCUGUUCUGGCGCCCAAUGGAAUUAUCGCAAGCUAGAAAAUUCAGAUUUUAAAAUUCCAAAGAAUGAUUUAGCUUGCAGACACAAGAAUUUAUUUACUAAACAUAUAAAAAUAAAAAAAAGAUAUGAAAUUGAUAAAUUUUCCGAGAUUUGUGCUAAAUGUUGUUAUUUAGCGAAUUGCAAGUGCAUUGUCGACACUGGAGCAGGAAUGGGGCAUUUAGCGCGACAAUUGUCCUACAAGUACAAUUUAUCUGUAAUAUGUGUCGAGCAAACAAAGGAGCUGUCCGAUUUGGCGAAAAAGUAUGACGCUGAAUAUUUGGUAACGAUAAAAAAACAUCUGCCGGAUUUUGAUUCACGCUCUUCGUAUCAUUUGUGCGCAAAACUCUGUCAAGAGGACUCGAGCAAUGAAAGCUUGAUUGGAAAUAUUAAUGAGAUUUUUGAAAGUACUUUUGGGAGGAAGUCUAUUGAAGAAGGCUUUGGGUUCAUCGGGCUACAUCCUUGUGGCGAUCUAGCAGUUACGUUGUUGAAGCUCUAUGUUAAGCAGCCAAAUGUUAAAUUUAUCACUAUUGUAGGGUGUUGUUACAUGAAAUUGACUACUAGCGGGGAAAGAAAUUCAUUGGGUUAUCCAUUGAGUAAUUAUUUGAGAAGUAAAAGCAAUAAUUACCUAAGUUAUGCGGCAUUAGAAGUAGCCUGUCAUGCAGUAGAAAAUUAUUGUGAUAAAAUGAAAACCGGUGAUUAUAAUAAUUUGAAAGUACACGCUUAUCGAGGUAUGUUGGAGAUGUUAUUGAUUAAAAAAGCCGGUUUAAUAAUGCGUCAUGGCCGUGUUAAUAGUGUUAAAGUCAAUGAACAUAUGACAUUUCAAAGGUAUUGUGAAUUAGCGACUGCUAAAUUUGAUGAUGAUAAAAAAAUACUCGAAAGUGAUUAUAACUGGGAGGAAGUUAGAAAGCACUUGGAUAGAUGGCAGGAGGUUGUUGCUUUCGAGGCUCUACGGAUGAUGUUGGCGCCAUUAGUUGAAACGGCUGUUCUCUUGGACAGGUUCCUGUUCCUUUCUGAACAUCAUUUGAAACCGUUACUUAAAGCUGAGUUUGACCCGAGAAGAUCUCCUCGUAAUUUUGUAUUAGUAUCAAUUAAAUAA